AUGAACGCGCACGCUGCAAACGAUUGCUCCCCAUUACCUCUUCCCGCCUCCCCGUUUCCCCUUCCCGCCUCCCCAAUUCCCCUUCCCGACACCCCAUUUCCUCUUCCCGCUCCCCAUUACCCCUUCGCGCCUCCUCGUUUCCCCUUCCCGCUCCCCAUUACCCCUUCCUGCCUCUGCAAUUCCCCUUCCCGCCACCCCAUUUCCUCUUCUCGCUCCCCAUUAUCCCUUCCCGCCUCCUCGUUUCCCCUUCCCGCUCCCCAUUACCCUUUCCCGCCUCCCCAAUUCCCCUUCCCGCUCCCCAUUACCCCUUCCCGCCUCCCCAAUUCCCCUUCCCGCUCCCCAUUACCCCUUCUCGCCUCCCCAAUUCCCCUUCCCGCUCCCCAUUACCCCUUCCCUCCUCCCCGUGACCCCUUCCCGCUUCCCCAUUACCCCUUCCCACUCCCCAUUUCCCCUUCCCGCCUUCCCAAUUCCCCUUCCCGCCUCCCCGCUUCCCCUUCCCACUCCCGAUUAUCCCUUCUCGCCUCCCUUCUCAAACUGCCGAACACACAUCACAGUCGCCGCCCGAUCGCACAGCCUCGCUACCACCCCCUCAUCCCCCCCUUUCUCCCUCUCAUCUCCCCCCCUGCUCCCUGUCAUGUCCCCACCUUCUCUCUCUCAUGUCACCCCCUUCUCCCGCUCAUUCCCCCCCAUUCUCCCUCUCAUUUCUUCCCCUUCCCCCUCUUAUAUCUCCCCCUACUCCCUCUCAUUCCCCCCAUGAAGCCCCUCAUUCCCCCCCUUUCUCCCUCUCAUCCUCCCCCCUGCUCACUGUUAUGUCCCCCCUUCUCUCGCUCAUUUAAAUGCCACAUAACCUCCCUCUCAUUUCCCCGCAUUCCCCCCCCCUUCCCCCUCUCGUUUCCCCCCAUCUCCCUCUCCUUUCCCCACGUGCUCCUUCUCAUUUCCCCCCCCUUCUCCAUCUCGUUUCCCCCCCGCUCAUUUCCCCCCAUCUCCUUUCAUUUUCCCCCCUUCUCCCUCUCAUAUGCUUCUAACCCCUACCCCAUACCCAUCCAUCCCCUGUCAUACCCUUCCAUUCCCUUCCAUACCCUUCCAUACCUUCCAUUCCCUUCCAUACCCUUCCAUUCCCUUCCAUACCCUUCCAUUCCCUUCCAUACCCUUCCAUUCCCUUCCAUACCCUUCCAUACCUACCAUUCCCUUCCAUACCCCAGCCAUACCCUUCCAUACCCUUCCAUUCCCUUCCAUACACUUCCAUUCCCUUCCAUACACUUCCAUUCCCUGCCAUUCCCUUCCAUUCCCUGCAUUCGUGCACAGGCAUAUGACUAG